AUGAGCUCCGAAAAGAAACCGAAUCUCGGGUCCGUGGCCGUGAUUGGCGGGUGCGGGUUCCUGGGCCACCACGUCGUCCGCCUGCUGCUGCGCGACUACACGUGCUCCGUGUCCGUUGUUGACCUGCGCUGCACGCGCAACCGGCGGCCAGACUCGGACGGCGUGACGUACUUCGAGGCCGACAUCACCGACGCCGCUAAGCUCGUAUCGAUUUUCGACAAGGCCCGCCCAAAGGUGGUCAUCCACACCGCAUCGCCCGCCGCACAGUCCAACGACAAGGUCUCGCACGCCCUGUUCAAGAAGGUCAACGUCGACGGCACUGCCGCCGUCAUCGAGGCGUGUCGCAAGACAGGCGUCACGGCCCUGGUCUACACAAGUUCUGCCAGCAUCCUGAGCGACAACAAGAGCGAUCUGAUCAAUGCCGACGAGCGAUGGCCCGUUGUUCGCGGUGAAGACCAGAGCGAGUACUACUCAGAGACUAAGGCUGCCGCCGAAGAGCUCGUCCUGGCCGCUAAUCGGUCGCCCGAGUCGCCCAGGCUACUGACCUGCUCCAUCCGGCCCUCGGGGAUCAUGGGCGAGGGGGACACCAUGACGUUGUACCACCUCCUCAACAUCUACAAGCAGGGGCGGACGAACGUGCAGGUAGGCGGCAAUGACAAUAUGUUCGACUUCACCUACGUCGAGAACGUAGCGCACGGGCACCUGCUUGCUGCGCGCGCCCUCCUGGCCACGGCCGCGAGCAGCACGGUGCCGCUGGACCACGAGCGCGUCGAUGGCGAGGCGUUCCUGAUCACCAACGACACGCCUGUCUACUUCUGGGACUUUUGCCGUGCCGUCUGGGCCGCCGCCGGCUCGCUCCUCGGCACUGACCACGUCUGGGUCCUCCCGCGCGGCGUCGGCAUGGCGCUGGGCUACAUGAGCGAGGUCUUCUUUUCUAUCAUCCGCAAGCCGCCCACCUUCAGCCGCCAGCGCAUCGUCUACAGCUGCAUGACACGCUACUACGACAUAACCAAGGCCAAGAAGCGGUUGGGAUACCGUCCGUUGGUGAGCUUGGACGACGGUAUAAAACGUUCCGUCAAGUGGACGUUGGAAAUGCAGGCGAAGGAGGCAAAGGAGAAGAAGUGA